GUAGAAAGUCAAAAGUGAAAACAAGCAGACAAGAGAAAACCAAGAGCCUGAAUCUAAUUAUUAAAGGCAACAGUCCAAAAAUGAAGACUGAGUGCCGCAGCAAUGACACCACACGUAAUCACAACUCCUUAUCAGUAAUGUUCUGCCUCAGAAGUGCCUUUGUGUACGCACACGUGCACUCUGCACACCACGUAGAGCUUCCACAGCCCCAUCCCAAACGCAUCCAUCAAAAACCACCACUGACACUCCAGCACUUCGCGACGGCUUUGUCACAAGCCGCGAUUUUUGUUUCAUUUCCACACCUACUGCCCUAUCAGCCUGCCAAGCAGCAGCGCUUCGCGGAACUUCAGCCCAGCGGAUUUCUGCACCGCACCGCUGGGCGCUGCCACGGCCCUUCGCCUUCCCCGAGGCUCCCACGGCUCUGUGCCCGCCUCGCGCAGAACCGCCGGGCAAAAACACGCUCCGAACGCCGCGGAAAGCUGUCAGCGUGCCCUCAGUGCCACCCAUACGUACUGCGCUCGGCGCGCCGCCUGGCCAGACGGGAGGGCGAGGACUUCAGAGGGAUGCCGGCCGGCCGCCCGGAGCCGCCACAAGCGAUAGCCGAGCGCGUGAAGCACGAGGAGGACCCCGCGCCCGUACUGGGGCAGCACCCGGCCCAACGCCCCGAGCUCCUCCCUCCCCACAGCCCCCGGUACCGGGCAGGAGCAGAGGGACCCUGGGGAGUUGAGCUCUCCGAGGGAAAAGCCACUUCCUCCCAAGGAAAGUGUAUUCAAGCCGAACGUGGCCGCGGGUUCACCAGCUUCUCACAUGCCACACAUUGCAGUUGGACUCUGAUGCUGUAGCAGCACUGCAGAUCUGCAUGCCUGCAGGUGAUACAUGGCAUCUCCUGUCAUGGUACCUGCUCCACCUGACUCUCACGUCAGAUUUCUAAACUUGGCUGCAACCAGUGUUCUGGUGCAGCAAGGCUUAGAUUUCAUUCCCACUGCAUGUUGUUUCUUGCCUUCAAAGGUCCAGGAACAUAAGUACCAGGCUGACUGGUAUGGCACGGUGUGCAGGAAAGCCCAAGUUUUUCUUUGCUGAACUUCAUAAAAGGCUGUAUCCUGCCACUGCAUUGUGUACAAGAGCGAGCAGCCUUCCCUUUCCCCCUCAUCCUCUGUGAUCUUCCAGUCCUCAAUAGGCACAAGCAUAGCCUGUCCUGCAAAAAAGAGAGCCUGAAGCCAACCAGCUUUGUAGUUUAUCAUUUCUAGCUGAUAAAGGUGCAGAGCCAAAGGAAAGAAGCUAUUGCAGAAGCCAAAAAGGGGAAAGGUCUCUGGGAGUGGUGGCCCCAGGAAGGCUGAACAGUUUUAUUACAUGUUUUUCUUAAGAUUAAUGGGUACAGUAAUCUCAAGAAAAACAAUUCUACUGUGUCCUAAAAGUGACUGGGAGUGGCAGCACGUCCAUGCUGAGCUGUGUGAAAAGCCAGUUGCCCCAUGCCCAGGCAAGCACCAUUGCCAACAGGUUAACCAAGGCCAGAGGCAGCAGCAGCAGCUUUCCGUGGGAUAACAUCUUGUCGUUGUUGUGAGCCUGCUGCCUGAAACGUGGAAGAAGAUGGACAUCAUCAAGAACAGGAGAGUCCCUACGAAACAACAUUGACAACAAACCAUCACUACCAAAACAACCCCCCACCCGCCAAAAAAACCCACCGGUACCCACAACCUUCCUUCAUGUUCUUUCAAACAGAAAGGUUUUCUUCAAAAGGCAUUUGGAAAUGGAAAAUUGAGUUGGAAUAAAAUAUGUGCCUGUUGGUCC